AUGAAGGGCCUUCAUCUCAUCUCCCUGAGCGGGUUAUUCUGCUCUCUUCUUCCUCUCGCCAUUGCAACGACAUAUGGAGGCGAGACAAGCCGCCACCGUGCCAGAGGCCUUAACGAAAAAGACCCCUCCGAUUCCUACCCAGGAUAUUUCAAACAUCACCGCUUCUAUGACUUCCGGAGCCAGGGCCUGCAUCUAGCUGCGGAUAAACAACAACAGCAACAGAGUCAGAGGAGAGAGAUAUCCUCUCGACGGGUACCCGGAACCGGGCGCGGAGGGAUACUGGGCUACAUGCUCGACAACUCAACUUUUGAUCUCGAGUCAAAGGGCCGCAAUAAUGAAGCCGGAGGAUUCCCGGACCCCAACGCGGAUAGCAAUGAGUUCCAUCCUACCUUAGCUGGCAGCCGUUUCAUCGAGGACUGGGAUGUCCAGAAUUGGAACAGAAAGGGAUCUGCACUGUUCCCCAUCCCGAUUAGAAACUCGCAUCAUAAUGUCUUCAUGGUGCGCAAUAGCACCGCAAAGGGAGACGAGACCACCCAUAUGGUCCUUCGCACCGUACGGAUGGAAAACCACACAUCAACAGCUGAAGUACAGACUCAUGAUACUGAUAUCCUACAUGCUUCCCUACGCGUCCGAUUACGCCUAUAUGCUAACUCGGGCUGGUUCUAUUUCCCCAAAGACAAGGGUGGAAACAUAACUACCGAAAGCGACGACUUCCAUGAUUUCCUACCAGCCAGCUACCGUACACACCACCCGCCAGCAGGUGCGUGUGCGGGAAUGUUUACAUAUCAGGGCAAAAACGAUGAGUCGGAUAUUGAAAUCCUAACUAGUGAUCCACCAAACCUCGUUCGCUACGCUAAUCAACCCGACUGGGACCCUAAAACUGACCUUGCCAUCCCCGGUGCGAGUGACGAGAUAGAAAUAUCCGUUCCCUGGACUCACUGGGGAGACCAUCGACUGGAUUGGUUCCGGGACGUGAGCCGUUGGUAUUUUAACAACGAGUUCCUGCUUUCGAAGAUAUACGGAGUUCCUAAGAACCCGAGCAUGCUAAUUCUCAACCUGUGGAGUGAUGGUGGCCAGUGGACUGGGAAUAUGACCGUUGGCUCGUCCGUAUAUAUGGGCGUGGAGUGGGUAGAGGUGGUAUACAAUAAGACCACCGAUAUUGAAGGCAUCAAUAAGAAACAUGCUCAGUUUAACCUCAAGUCAGAGAGUGGGGAAGAUGAUGAAGAUGAUGAGAAUAAUGAGAAUAAUGACAAGAACGCAGAAGAGGAGUACUCUGCCAACCAUCCCGCCAGGCGUGCCCCCCGACCCAAGCGAAAACAAAUAGGCAAAGGGAAAGGUAGAGGCAAACCAAGGGGUAAGGGCAAAGGCAGAAAAGCCAAAGGCAAGCCCAAGGGUAAAACGCCAAAACUGAGACCAAAGCCGCACGGUGAAGAUGGCGAGGAGGAAAAAUGCCGGGUAGUUUGCCGCAUCGACGGUGUCAAAACUCAGGGCGUACCCGAAAUUAUUUGA